AUGAUAAAAUGGGACAACACUGGUGUAUCAAAUGUGGCCGGAGAGAUAGCUUUGCUUUGUGGAUUGGUCAUGUGGGUGACAACAUUUCCUCGCAUUAGGAGAAAGAUUUUCGAGCUCUUCUUCUACACACAUUACCUCUACAUCCUCUUCAUCUUCUUCUUUGUGCUUCAUGUUGGAAUCCCUUUUGCUUGUAUGAUGCUCCCUGGUUUCUACUUGUUCUUGGUUGAUCGAUUCUUGAGGUUCUUACAGUCCCGACAAGGUGUUCGUCUAGUGUCCGCUCGUGCUCUGCCAUGUGAGACCCUAGAGCUCAACUUCUCCAAAAGCCGAGGUCUUAAGUACACUCCUACGAGCAUCAUGUUCAUCAAUGUCCCCACUAUUUCGAAACUGCAGUGGCAUCCUUUUACAGUCAGUUCCAACAGUAAUUUGGAGCCGGAGAAGCUGAGUGUCAUCUUUAAAGGGGAAGGAAGUUGGUCCAAGAAGCUUUACCAGAUGCUAUCAUCCCCGUCUUCUAUUGAUCACCUCAACGUCUCCGUUGAGGGACCUUAUGGACCUGCAUCCACUGAUUUUCUAAGGCAUGACACACUUGUGAUGGUGAGUGGAGGCAGUGGCAUUACGCCUUUCAUUUCUAUCAUUAGAGAGCUCAUCUAUAUAAGUGAAACCUUGAAGUGCAAAACUCCACAGAUUCUUCUCAUAAGCUCAUUCAAGAAUUACUCAGAACUUACCAUGCUUGACCUACUCCUCCCAAUUUCUGGCACUCCCUCUGAAUUCUCUAACUUGAAACUACAAAUCGAAGCUUAUGUAACAAGAGAGAAACAACCCAUGACAGAAAACAAGAACAUUCAAACAAUAUGGUUCAAACCCAAUCCAUCGGACGCUCCCAUUGCUCCAUUGUUAGGCCAAAACAGUUGGCUAUGGCUUGGUGCAAUAAUAUCAUCAUCCUUCAUCAUCUACCUUCUAUUCAUGGGGAUUUUGACCCGAUAUUACGUUUAUCCGAUCGAUCACAACACAGGAAAAAUCUUUUCAUCCUCUACAAGAGCUGUGCUUAACAUGUUGUUCAUAUGUAUCUGCAUAGCCAUCACAGCUUCUGCAGCUUUUCUGUGGAACAAGAAGCAAAAUGCCAUGGAAACUAAGCAGAUUCAGAACAUGGAAGGGACAACACCAACAGCUUCACCAAACUCAUGGAUCUAUAAUGCUGAUAGGGAACUGGAAUUGGAGAGCUUGCCACAGCAGUCUCUUUUCCAAUCUACCAAUGUGCACUUUGGAGGCAGACCAGACCUAAAGAGUAAGUUCUUAAUUUGCANCAUAUGUAUCUGCAUAGCCAUCACAGCUUCUGCAGCUUUUCUGUGGAACAAGAAGCAAAAUGCCAUGGAAACUAAGCAGAUUCAGAACAUGGAAGGGACAACACCAACAGCUUCACCAAACUCAUGGAUCUAUAAUGCUGAUAGGGAACUGGAAUUGGAGAGCUUGCCACAGCAGUCUCUUUUCCAAUCUACGAAUGUGCACUUUGGAGGCAGACCAGACCUAAAGAGAAUUUUAUUCGAGCGCAAAGAAUCGAGCAUUGGUGUGCUUGUUUGCGGACCCAAGAAAAUGAGGCAUGAGGUUGCUGGCAUUUGUUCUUCUGGUUUGGCUGCUAACCUCCAUUUUGAGUCUAUCAGCUUCAGGGUUCUACCUGAAAGCUGUGUAGCCAUGCAGAAGGUAACACAAAUAGGAAGCAUGCGCAAUGAGACUUCAGGGCAAAUUUCUCCUCCUACUAAUGGCGUUGGUCCACUGAGGGAUCAUGCACAAAGUAUGUCAUUACUUACAUUUAAGAAAGAACAUCCACCAGCAAAAUAUCGUGCUCGUAUUGUUGUUUUAAAUGUUAUGUACACGUAA